AUGGCCCGUCUUGUGGCCUCCUUAGCUUCGUCCUCCUCCUUCCAGCUGCUUCUCCUCCUCCUCGCGCUGCUUCCUUCCGCUGCCGCCGUCGGGACUCCUCGAGCUGCGGCCGUUGAAUGUGGACCGGGAAAGAACCAAGAGUGUCCAGACGCAUCGGUAAAGAAGAGCGACCUUCGCGUCUGCGACGCGGGCACGUGUCGUUUCGGUGGGACGUGCCGCGAAAACGGCGCUGACAUCAAGUGCGUGUGUCAGUUCCACUGCCAUAAGAAGUUCCUCCCGGUCUGCGGGUCCAACGGCGACACGUACCAGAACGAGUGCUUCCUGCGGCGCGCCGCGUGCAAGAAGCAGCGGGCCAUCGGCAUCGUGGCGGAGGGAGCCUGUUACCACGACGGAGGGUCGGGAUCCGGAGAUGGAGACGACGAAGGUUCCGGGGGCGUCCGUGGGAAAAAAACAUCGAAAUGCGGAAACUGCAAGUUCGGCGCCGAGUGCGACGAAGACUCCGAGGACACGCUCUGCAUGUGUAACAUCGUGUGCAGCGGCCACAACGACAACCCGGUGUGCGGCAACGACGGCGUCACCUACGAAACGCCGUGUCACGUCCGCGAAGCGUCCUGCCUCAAGCAGAUGAAGAUCGACAUCAGACACGUGGGCCGUUGCCAAGACAAAAGCAGGAAGGACGACGGCUUCAAAUCAAAGCCCGACGGGUUCGGUAAAAAGUCCGGCGACGGAGACGGGUUAUCCGAAGGCUCCGCCCCCUGCCCCCCGGACCACGCCCUGUACUGCAUCCACGGCCAGUGCGAGAUGAGGGACGACCGGGCGGCGUGCAGGUGCUCGCCGUCGUACGGCGGUCCUCGCUGCGAGCAGCUGCUGGACUUCAACAUCCUCUACGUGGUCCCCAGCGGCCAGAAGCUGCAUUACGUCCUCAUCGCCGGCAUCAUCGGCGCCGUCCAGAUCGCCAUCAUCGUGGCGCUCGUCAUGUGCUUCACCAGGAGAUGUAACAAGGCCAAACGAGGGCGCCGACAGAAGCAACAUCACUUCCCGUCCGGAACGUCGUCCAGGAUGAUGUAA